AUGAAGGGCCCGCACCGUCGCUUUGAAAGUAUUGUCUUUGUUCUUGGUAUUGUGGUUGUGUGUGGGGCAUGUCGGUGUAUUGGGGUUGGGUGCUUGUGGAUCUACGUCGCCGUUGUGUUUGAUGGGAGGUUUGGUGUUGGUAUUGUUGUUGGGUGGUGUGUGUUGGUUGGUAUUGUUGUUGUUGAUUUGAUGUCGAUGCCCAACGUGUGCGUGGGUCGACCAAAUACCUCGGCUCAGCCACAAACAUCUCAGGGAUGCUCAUCGGGGAAAAUAGGAAACAACAACACAUGUCGGGCACGUCUCCUCCACAUCCUACAAAAUUUCGGUGCAAAAUUUUAUCAGGUGGAGGUUAAGGAUGAUGAAGAUUUACAAAACAUGUUUUGUAAUCAUGAAUUUUCUGGAUACGACUCGAUUGAGUUGUAUGUUCUGCUCCAACAACCAAACGAGAGCCAGGUCGUUGAUCCCAUCGAAGUAGAACAAGCUGAGGUCGAUGCAAUUGAUGAAGACGAAGAAGAUCCAGAGUUAGCAUUUGAUGACAUGGUGAACGAUGAUUCUGAAGACGAUGUUGAAGGUGUAAUACCUCCAAUUUCAAUAUACACACCGCCGUCUCACAUGUCGAACGUUGACAUGGCCGAUGAUGAACCCUCAUCAGACAUAUUCCACAAUGUCUGCAUGCAGUCAGAUGCAACCUUAAAAGAGAAAGAUAGUUUUCGUUCCAAGGAUGAGUGCAUGCGAGCAAUAAAAAAGUUCCACAUGUUACACUCUGUGGAUUUUAAAGUGGACCGAACAAAUGCAGAACGGUACAAAAUCAAAUGUACCAAUACCGAGUGUUUGUUCAAGCUCACUGCUUCAUACAGGUUGAGAAGUGAUUCAUGGGUGAUAGGCAAAAUUUCCCAACCUCACACUUGCAUCAACUCUUCUCGCUCGCAAGAUCAUCGUAAGUUAAGUUACGAUCUGAUAUGUCAAGAAAUCUUGCCUCUCAUCAACAAUGAUCCAUCGUUGAAGGUGAGAACAAUAAUUUCUCACAUCACUAAAGUAUACAACUAUACGCCCUCGUACAGGAAAGCAUGGUUAGCAAAAACCAAGGCGAUUGAACAAGUAUAUGGUAAUUGGGAGGAAUCAUACAAAGAGUUACCCCGCUACUUAAAUGCACUCUGCACUUAUGCUCCUGGUACUAUUUAUGAGAUGGAAACAUUGCCCGCGUAUGCCCCAAAUGGUACUCUUGUCAGCGGAAAUGGAAUAUUUCAUCGUCUAUUCUGGGCCUUCCAACCUUGCAUCAGAGGGUUUUCAUUCUGCAAACCUAUUAUUCAAAUAGAUGGAACGUGGUUGUACGGAAAAUACAAAGGCACCCUACUGAUGGCAGUCGCACAAGACGGAAACAGCAACGUCUUCCCAAUUGCAUUCACUCUAGUCGAGGGAGAGACCGGUGGAGGUUGGAGUUUUUUUCUCAAACAUCUUAGAACACACGUGGCUCCGCAAGAAGGUCUCUGUUUGAUCUCUGAUAGACAUGCUUCUAUUGUUAGUGCAUACAAUAACCCGGCUAAUGGUUGGCAUGACCCCCCUUCUACGCAUGUCUUCUGCAUUAGACAUAUCGUACAAAAUUUCACGCGAGAAAUUAAAGACAGGGCCCUUCGAAAAUUGGUUAUGAACGCAGGGUAUGCAUUAACUCAACCAUCUUUCAAACAUUAUCGUAGAGAGAUCAGACUGUCAAAUCCAGAUGCAGGUACUUGGAUUGAUAAUAUUCCAGUGGAGAAGUGGACAAGGUCAUACGACAAUGGACAUCGAUGGGGACACAUGACAACAAAUCUUGUUGAAUCAAUGAACGGUGUCUUCAAAGGCAUACGACACCUCCCUGUGACCGCUUUGGUAAAAUCAACAUAUUUUAGGAUGACUUCAUUGUUUGCACAAAGGGGUGAAAGGUGGGACGCUGUGUUACGAGCUGGACAAUUGUGGAGUGAAUGUUGCACAAGAUUUAUCAAGGCAGAAGGUGCGAAGGCCAACACACAUACGGUUACAAGGUUUGACCGACAUAACCAUAAUUUCAUGGUCAGAGAGACAAUCGACCACGGCGAAGGGCUACCAAGACAAGAGUAUAGGGUUCUACUAGAAGAACGUUGGUGCGAUUGCGGCAAGUUUCAGGCAUUUCGUAUGCCUUGCUCCCAUGUCAUUGCAGCAUGUGCUCAUUCUCACUUAGAUGCAUUAGCACUCCUGUCUCCCAUUUACAAGUCUGAGACCUUGCUCCACGUAUACAACAAUGGCUUUGCAGUGGUAGCAAAAGAGGAUUAUUGGCCUGCGUACGAGGGGGAAAUUGUUUGGCACAACGACCAAAUGCGGAGAAAUAAAAAGGGUCGUCCCAAAAGCAAGCGUAUCACGACUGAAAUGGACGAGCUCGAUAAGCUAGAAAGAAAGUGUGGUUUAUGUCGCCAAGUCGGACACAAUAAAAAAAAUUGUCCUAAUCGUGCAAGUGGUUCUUAG